GCACGUACCGGAUUACUUUUCAUACCACCUCCAAAGCGAAGUGAUUUUCGCGCCGCGGCACGUACCGGAUUACAGUGGCGUAGUGUAAACAAGAGGCCAAUCCGGUACAGAAAUCGCGUCGCUUCGAUGCAAUCCGGUAUAGUGUAAUCGGGGCCUAAAAUAACACGGUAGGGUGCAUUGCAGCUUAAUGGGUUAAACGUUUUGUAGGUUGUCAAAGCUUUACAUUAUCUUAAAGAAUCGCAUGGAGUUAUGCAUAGGGGUAAGUUCAAACCUCAGUAAGUCUGUGACUAAUUUCUCUAAGGAUUGCAAUGGUUUUGGAGGAUUUUGCAGAUAGCGUGGAUCAGGAAAAUGUAUUGCAUGGGAUCAUGUAGUUUUCCAAAUCCAUGCCAGAAGCGGAUCUGGACUGAUUUGUUAGAGGGGGUGGAGGUUGGUGGAGGUUUACCUGAGGGAGAGGCAUUGCUAGGGGGGUCUGGGGAAACCUUUUGAAAUUUGAAGCCCUGAAAUGCUAUUUCCUGCAUUCUGAGCACUACAUUUAUUCCUUAAAAUGUCCUCACAGUACUUGUAUUUUGGGCAAAAAUUAAGAAAAGCGCUACGUUUUAUGGUGCCCCGCCGUAUUGCUGCUUGAAUACUUCACGCGUAUUCGAAAAUCAAUCGUCCCAAUAUGUAAUAAGUAGUAUUCACAACUAAAAUAUGAAAUACCAGAGUUUUCUUCAAGGGGGUGCUGGACACCACUAGGGGGGGGGGGGUGCACACUCCCCUGCACCCCACCUGUAGAUUCGCCCCUGAUUCACGCUACUAACAUCCCGAGCUUGCCUUCGCUCGAUUGUUGAAGUUCUACUUAUAUUCACAGUAACUACGCUGGCACAAGCCGUUCCAACUUCCAUUGGGGUAGUUAUAGACCCAUUGCACAUGACGUCACAGCGCCAGUGACGAUGCAUCUGGAGGACAAAUUAGCAAUCUAUGCAUAAUAUAACUUUUGUAAACAAAGCAAAUCUUGUAAAACUUUAUAAUAAUUUUGUAUUAAAAUGGUUAAUUUUUGCAUUGUAUGUGGUUGUUGUACCCGAACAGAUAUUGUUAGGGAGCAUCUGGAGGACACUCUAAGGAUUUGUGACGUCAGUGCAAUGGGUCUAUAGCACUGUUUUCUAACUUUCCUAGAUGUGAAACCUUCCAACAUUUUACUGGACCGAGGAGGUUGUGUAAAACUUUGUGAUUUCGGCAUCAGUGGUAGACUGGUGGAUUCAAAAGCGAAGACCAGAAGUGCUGGCUGUGCUGCGUAUAUGGCGGUAAGUUUGGCAUCCGAAUUGUGAGAUGAAGCAUUGAACGAGUUUUGAGAUGCAGCAUUGAACACAUCUGCCAUCAACCUAUCUUCUAUUAUAUUUUCCAGCCUGAACGUAUCGAUCCUCCUGAUCCGUCAAAUCCUGACUACGAUGUUCGAGCAGACGUGUGGAGUUUAGGAAUAUCUCUGGUAAGUCAUUUUGGGUGCUCACAAAAGUUUGUUAAUGUCAUGUGACGAUUGGAAACGAUGGAUCACGAUUUUUAGUCGUACCUAUAAGGUAAAAAUUGCCAACUAAUAGAAGGGCUUCAGAAUUUUCAAGGGAUGGGGGGGGGGGCAUAUACCCUUCAACCGCACCUCCACUGAAAAUGUUGAUUUCUGAAGCGUGCUGACUUUUUCAUGGUGGUGCCCAUCUACUGUACUUGUCCCCAAAAAGCCAUCUUAGUAUAAAACUAUGUCGUUCUUCAUAAUAGGUGGAGCUAGCUACGGGAGAGUUCCCUUAUAAACAAUGUAAAAAUGAAUUUGAAAUCUUAACAAAAAUCAUUGAUGAAAGCUCACCGACGUUACCGCCCGAAAAAGACUUCUCAACGGAGUUUCAAUCUUUUAUAACGCAAUGGUAAGAGAAUUCAUGUAUUUGUCAGGAUGAUAUUUCUAACUUGUUUUCAGCAAGUGAGAAAUUGGUUAAGGAGUUUUAUCUAUAAUUUUAAAAGUUCUUUCAAACACGCCGGGUCAGCUCUUCCCAAAAAUCGGCCAUCUGAUAUAAACUUUUUCAAUAUAUUUCGGAUGGGCAUGAAACUUGCUACAUCAAUAUAACUUUCCAUUCCGAACAAUCGUAUGUUUUUUAUUUUUGAGAUUUAACGGGUUUUGGCGGGAAAAUGACGUCACGAAACCUCCAGUUAAAAUUUAUUUUCAAUAUCUUAAUAGUUUUUAAGCAGAAUGUGGAAGAUCAUGUCAUGAAGAGUUCAAAACUGAAAAGAGAUUUUAAAUAUCUUAAUCUAAUCACGAGAUACAGGGAGUUUAGAAUCGAAUUUUUCACCAUUUUGUUACUAUUUUUAGAUUUUUCACGGUUUUUAUAGUGAAAUAACUUUGGAUUAGGUUUAGAUAUUUAAAAUCCGUUUACAGUUUUGAACUGUUCAUGACAUGUUCUUCCAAAUUCUGCGACAAAACUAUUAAGAUAUUGAAAGUAAAUUUUAACUGGAGGUUUCGUGACGUCAUUUUCCCGCCAAAAACCGUUAAAUCUCAAAAAUAAAAAAACAUACGAUUGUUCGGAAUGGAAAGUUAUAUUGAUGUAGCAAGUUUCAUGUCCAUCCGAAAUAUAUUGAAAAAGUUUAUAUCAGAUGGCCGAUUUUGGGGAAGAGCUGACCCGGCGUGAAAUGAGACAAGCUAAACUUUAUUGACAUAUGCUUCCACGGGACGCAAUGACACUAAAACGCAUUUUAUAGACAUCUUUAAUUCAAUCAAAAUAUACACAAUUGAAAUUUAAACGUUUUACUUAGUCUUGGUAUAUAAUUCGGCUGAAUUUCUUCAUAGUUUACACAAGAACAGAGACCAACGUCCGAAAUAUCCUAAAUUACUGGUAAGUCGAUCAUUUUCUUUCAAAUGUGCCUCCUCAAAUAGAAUGAUUCAUAGAAAUGAAUAAUCCAUUGGAAUGUUUCUGUAGCUUAUGAACCACUGUUGUUUUCCUUGACAAGUUUUAUUUGCUCGUGUGUACGGUAAAAAGAUGACAACUUGCCAAGGAGAACCUUGUUCCGAUGCUAGUCAUGGCAGCUUUUGGACAAGGAAAUUUGUUUGUAUAAGAAGUACUUCUAUGUAUUUUUUUUGGCAAAGAAAAAGUGACCUUGAUGUGAGAUAUAUGUUUAACAACAUUCCGUGCACACGAUCGAGCAACAAAACCUGUCAAGGGAAACUUGCUGGACUGCACAGGGCGUAAAGGUUGGGAAAGGUUUUUUGACCGAUCAAAGUCCUUGUGUAGGAGUAAAUAGUGUUUUUUCCAACGUGUUGCUCCUUAGAUGCAAACAAUGGUAGCUUGGUUUUGUACAUUUCAUUUCCGGUGAAUGAACACUGAAAAAUGAACACUGAAAAAUGCACCCGAUGGCAGUUGGUUUUGUAUAUUUCAUUUCCGGUGAAUGAACACGGAUGCACACCGAUUACACUUUGUUUUGUACAUUUCAUUUCGGUGAAUACACACCCAAUAUGAAUGAAACGCGAUACAUUUUGAGAAAAUAGUUAAUGCGAAAAUGUAAAUAAAACGUUCUUUGAUAUAACAAUAUAAAAUCAAACGAAAUGCACUUUCUCAUCAGAAAAAAUGAAAAUCUUCCAGUAGACCCAGUUGGGAAAGCCCCUUAGCUACUUCAUUUGGGAAGAGUCCGUCAAACGGACAGUAUAUGGGCUAGCUAACACCCUGGGUGAACAGUCACAAAUUAACUCUGUUUAACUCGUAGGAGAAUUGUGUGCUUGAUUUACACAGUACAACUCAAAUUGUAAGCAGGUUGCUAGACUUGCCACAAGUCGACCAUGGAGGAGGGAGGGCGCGGGGAAGGGAACGCGCGACCCGAGCGACGAAGCGAAGCGCGCCAUAGAAGGGUCUGGAAAGGACUUUGGAAAGUCUAGCAGGUUGCUUGCGACAGUUUCAGGCAAAAGUUGUGUAGUGUAAAGUGUAAAAUUGUGUAGUGUACAGUAUAGUUGACCGUUAAUGGUAAAUUAGCGCUAUCAAAUUACCUCGGCGUUUUUCCUGUCCGCCAUUUUGCGCAAAACAUAAGUAUGUUCCAUCAUUGCGCACAUUGAAGUAUUGCGCAAAACAUAAGUAUGUUCCAUCGUUGUUACUGCGACUGUGCAUGGGUAGAUGAAAACGACGGUAAUCGAGUAUAUUUCCUUCCAGGGCGAGCCGUUCAUUAAAAGGUACGAAAAGGAGGAAGUGAACGUUGGUAAGUGGCUAAUACCUUGUUCAACGUCGGUAUAGGAGUUCUUGGAAAUCUAUCCUUUCCAUGGCAACAGCUGCGUCACGUCACCGAUGACGUCAGAGUAUUCCCUUUACUCUGUAAGGUAAUAUUUAUUUAUUGCGAGUGACGCACAGAAAGUAUUCCCCAGUAAAGCGAUAGAAACGCACAAUAUGAAUAAUGGCAUAAGCUUUUCUCCAAGACGCCAGUGUGGCAUUGAGGGUGACAUUAAUGGCAACUUUACAUUACAUUUUAACCGCAGAAUGAAACAUUUGCAUUGCUGAAAGCGAAAGGUAAUGGCCUUUAUGGACCGCUAAUUAUUUAUGGCGUAGUAAAAAUUUUGCUGAUCUAACCAUUAAAAUGUCAAUUUUUUUACCCAACCUCAAAUAUCAAAAAAUACAUACCCAUCCCUGUCCAAAAACUUUACAAAACGAUACCAUUCAGUUGUCACACAUGUCCUUUACCACUUCUGUGACAUGAGUUCGAUAACUGCUUGUGCAAUUUUCUGCAGUCUAAAGUUUCAUGUUGUCUGCACAUGUACUUUCUUUGGAGACACCAUUUGCUUCCUGACAAAUUGCUUUUUUAGUCUUCAAUAUUUGAGCGAGUCGCUCUUUGGAAAUCACAAUACAUUUUUAUUACCCAACCCUUGAGUUGAUUUUUAUUUACCCAACAUUUUACUCACUUAAAAUUUUGUUUACCCAACCCUUUUCUCUCCGGUGCCAUCCCCCCCCCCCGCCAUAAAUAAUGACCGGUCCCUUACGAGCUUUAAAAAAAAACUUUGAAAGGUGUAUGCAUUUUUUGGCCUGACAAUUUACAGGCAACUUUGGCCAACUUUUGUGGCGGUGCAAACCUUCGUCAAAGGUACAAUAAUAUAAUUUGCGUCUUUCUAUGAAAGCUUUUUGACAUCAUUGUAAUCACAGAAACCUUUAUAGUGUAAAAGAGUCAACCUUGUCCCCAGAGCAUUUUGCCCGAUCAAUUCUACAAUCCCAUUGGUCUGUUCAAAAACGUAUUUAUUCCUAUUUGCAGUAUAAUUUACUCAAACACCUUUAGUGCUUCAAAAAAUUCUUGUCUUCAAAUUAUACGAUAAACUUAAAGUGGAAGUCAAGUCCGUUCUGCGCAUCGGUUCUGCUCAUAACAAUGUGACGACCUCUAAUUUCCUCUAAUGUGAACAUUGCCCAAAUUUCGAAUGUUUCGAAUUUUUCUGAACAUAAACUCUAUUUCAUAUUCAUUUAGAAGCAUAGCGAACCAAAAUGGUGUUAGAUAUUCAGACAGUACAUCAUAUUUAAAAAAAUACAGCAGUUCAAAAUGUAAACAAACCGUUUGUUUACAUUACGGACUUGACUUCCACUUUAAGAAAAUACCGAGAGUAUAGUCAAGAUUCACUUACGUCCUAUUCUUGUCGUGCUAUGUGUUUGUCAUACUCGUGGAUAUGAGAGGAAUUAUGCAAGCAUACUGCUCUAAAACUAACGUCUUUAGAUGAAUAAGUUGGCAAACGGUUCAUUACUUCACAUUAUUAUUCGUUAGCAAACAACAAAAAUUUAAUUUCACAUAAAUGAUCGUAUCAAAACACCCACAAAUUCUGGGUGUCAUGUGACCAGCCGAUCCCAGGGUCCUUUUCGCCGAUCUUCAACAGUGGGGGCAAAAUACCCCUGGGGACGAGGUUAUAAAAGGGUCUUAAGAUAUUAAGAUGACUCUUUGUAGAGCCCAUUUCAUAAUUAAACAAAUGAAUUGCCCGGCCAGGAAUUUCCCGAUUUCCUUGUGGGCCAUCAUUUAGCACGUGAUUUAGCCAUUAUUCAUCAUGGUUGUUGCAUCAAAGAUAGUCUGAGACAUAUUUUUUAUUUACACUCUUAAAAAGUUGUAAAAUUAGCAAAUUCACACGAACCAAUGUUCAGAAUACACAGUUACCAAUUAAAGUUGUAAAUAUAAUUUUUAGCUAUAAAUAGAUAGAAUUAUGAGUUUUAAUUUGACGAAUAGUAAAUAAAAUUGUACUAAACAAAGAACCAACAUUCUAUACCACCCAUUUUUAAUCACUUAAACAAUUCACCCGUUUUACCGUUUUUAUGGUCCUAUACUUCAGGUCGCUAUUUUUCACUCUAAUAACUUCUGGUUUACCACAUAAUGCAGAAUAAAUCCACCUACAUAAAUGCUCGUUCAAACGGACCCAGCGUUGUUUGAACCAUCCAACAAUUUUCAGAUAAUGUUUCACAAAUAUUUUAUAUCGCAUAUUUUCAGUUCAAAUCAGUGUUCAAUAUGAGUCUGAAAUUUUGGUCUGACAACAUAGCAGCCAGCGCACAGUAAUUAUUAAUAGGACUUAUGCAUGCAAAACGGAACAGUUGUACAAAACAUUGCGUUGCAAUUUCAUUUACAAUAUAUACUUCAACCAUAUGACGAAGUAGAAAGGAAUCUCAAUUGAUAAAUUAUAGUUUAUAUAGUAUAUUCUAACAAAGUAAAACUUUCUUUGCAUGUGUAACAGAUUAGUAAGAGUCUAAGAGGCUGUUUUUGUUUUUUCAAGAACGAGGGGAAAAUUAUUCAAAAUGGCCGACGCAUGACCGACUGUCACAUUGAACAAUGAAUCUUCCCAAAUAUUUGAAAAUAAGCAGUUAACGAAAUAUCUCAAAAUUGCUGCAAAAUUUGGGGGCAACAUUAUUGGGUUUGUUUGAACGGCUUUAAAAAUACCAGUCAUUCACUACUCGCAUAAAAGAUUCCUGAUUACUGCGGUCCUACUCUGCCAUAUAUAUCAUGGCGUCUAUGUUCCCACACCGGCAUCUGUUCUCUCACUUUCUUGAGAUAUUGAAAAUCAAUCUCAGCCACGCAGACAUCUUCACCUUCGUGGCAUUGUGCUACGAUCUGGCCCCAUGGGUCUACAACCUAAGACAAAUAGAAUACUUUAGUUGAGAUGAUGUCUGAUG